CACUUCAGCGGAGAAUUUCACAAUGAAGGUGUUUUUCCUCUGCUGCAUUUCCCUGUCUGUGAUUCUCACUGUCAAUUGCUGUGAUGAGUUUUCGGAGAACAGUGAAACAAUCCGUGAUUUCCCUUUCAUGGCAGGAUUGCAGUAUGACGGAGAAUACUUGUGUUCCGCUGCGAUCCUCACGAAGUACUUGGCAGCAACAACGGCCAAAUGCAUCUACCAAAGACCUUAUGUGAAGUUUACUAUGACAGUGGGAAGUGUCAGUAGCCAUGAUUGUGGACACAGUCACGCUAUUCUCGAUCACGAUUACCAUCCGAAAUUCGAUACCAGGACCCUCGAAUACAAUGUUGGCGUUGUGUUCUUCGACAACAUUGAAUUUUCAGUGAAUGUGAGGCCGCUCAAUUGGGACGAACCGCUGAUACCAGUAAAGGAAUUAGGGAAUCUGACGAUUGUAGGAUGGCCGCUUGUCAACUACACGGAAGAAUCCAUUCUUGCAUCGAAGCAGUCUCUUCCGGUGCACAUAACAACAUGUCGCGAAGUAUAUGAAAAUACACCUUUCGUCCAUUCACUUUCACAGAAAAGAAUGAUGUGCACAAAGCCUUUUUUGGAAGACUUCUUCCAGUUGCAAGAUACUUACUGUUUACCCACUGAGGGUUCCUUUCUCAUCUCAAGCAAUGAAUACAUUGGCAUUGGAAUUGCCUCGACUGUGGAGACUUGUCCCAAGCUAAACAGCCCUGUAGCCUUCACGGUCAUCCAAUCGUUCAGCAUUAAGAAGUUCUUCAAAGAUAUGGUGUACAUGUAUAAGGAUCGCGUGAGCUUCAAUAUGAACAGGAGUUCUGGGAAUUUGCCUGAAAACGUGAAAGUCAGUGAAUUAGCUAAGAUCUGAUAUAUAACAAAAAUGUGUUGGAUAUUUAAUUUUACUGAAAUUGUAAGAAAUUGAUGAACUUGUAGUGCAAUAAAGAUAUUAUAGUGCAAAUAAAAUUCUUUUUUCCAGGAUCUAAAAUAUGCCAAA